GAGAGAGAGAGAGAUGAGAGAGAAAGGACACGCAGAUCAGAGAAACCAAACUGGAAGAAAAGGAAGAAAGAAAGAGAGAGUAGUCAAAAAAGAAAGGAUAAAUUAUAAAGAGGAAGGAGGUGAAAUGUGGAAGAGGAAAAAAAACAAGACAAAAGAAAUUCAAGUUUUCAAUUGAAUUGGGAUUUCAUUGAAAGCAAGCGGAAAUAUAUAUAUAUAUAUAUAUAUUUUUUUUUUUUAGUGUUUUCUAAAAAAAAGGGAUUGAAUGGGCGUGGGGUGGGGGAUGAGAUUGAGAUUGAGAUUGAGAUUGAGAUCGAGAUGAAGAUGAAAACAAAACGCCCCAACUAACCAUAAAACCCCGCACCCAUGCAACUCUCUCUCUCUCUCUCUCUCUCACUCACUCUCAGCCUGUCUUUCACCGAGUAAAAGAGUGGAGAAGAUGAACGUCUUCUUCUUCUCUCCUUCUCACACGUAUACACAUAUAAAUUAUAUACAGACACAAACACAUGCAAUGGGAGUAUUUUUAUAAAACCACCACCACCACCAAAGCCAAAGGAUGGACAUUUCUCUUUUCAAUUCCGAUUCACAAUGCUUACUUCCUUCCCUUCAUCUUUUUCGUCUCUCUGCAUCUUCCCGCUUUGAUCCGCUUCAGGCCAUUCUGGAGAUAUAUACAAAUUUGGGAUUAUACUCUUCAUGACAAAGAUUUAGUCAUUUCCGGUUUUUAAUACCAGCAGAGUAGGCUGUUGUUUUUAUUAAGUCAUCACCUUAUGACAUUUUUCCCCAUUUCUCUCAUUGUAUAGUGCUCUGGACCAGAAGUUGUUUGACCAGCAUUAAGAUACUCUUGCAAGGAGUCAACAAGGAAUAUGGAAAGAGCAGACUCUAAACUGUCUGUGACAGUUGGUGUAGGGGAUUGUGUUAAGUCACAGGUUCCCUUGUCAUGUGAUCAAGGUGUUAUACCUUUCCAGCAUAAUGGUUGUCAAUUGGCUCGUUCUCUACUGGCUAGAAACAUAAACUGGGAAGACGCUGGGGAAAGCUUGCCAGGCAAAAAGUUGUCUACUUCUUUGGUGGACUCUGUGGUGCUGAAGAAAAAUAAGUCUAUCACUACAGCGAGGUCUGGAGGAAAUCGUGAUGGCCAAGCAUCUGAUGACAGUUUCUUACCAGGUCUUCCUGAUGACAUGGCAUUGGAUAUCUUUGCCCGGACCAGUAGAUCAGACUAUCCGAUACUGGGAUGUUUGAAUAAAAAUUUUAAGUCCUUGAUUGGCUGUGGAUAUUUGUAUAGAUUGCGGUGGCAACUUGGCAUCAUUGAAGACUGGGUUUACUUGGCUUGUACAUUAAUGCCUUGGGAAGCCUAUGAUCCUAUGAGACAGAGAUGGAUGAGAUUACCCACAAUACCAUGUGAUGGAUGUUUUACUCAUGCUGACAAGGAGUCCCUUGCAGUUGGGACUCAGCUACUUGUAUUUGGCCAGGAGUUUUCGGGAUUUGCAAUCUGGAUGUAUAGCUUGCUUACCCGUGAUUGGUCAAGAUGCGCUCCUAUGAAUCUGUCCCGUUGUUUGUUUGGUUCAAGCAGCCUUGGGGAACUCGCUAUUGUAGCUGGAGGAACUGACAGGAACGGUCAUGUUCUAAAGUCUGCUGAGAUUUACAACUCUGAACUUGGAACUUGGAAUACUUUGCCAGACAUGAAUAUGCGACGUAAACUGUGUGCGGGCUUCUUUAUGGAUGGGAAGUUUUACAUAAUUGGGGGCAUGUCAAGCAAUACAAAUUGUUUGACUUGUGGUGAAGAGUAUGACAUAAAGACAGAAUCAUGGAAGAGGAUAGAGAAUAUGUACCCUGUUUCUGCUGUAGGUACAGAGCCAGCUAUGCGUUCUCCUCCCCUAGUUGCUGUUGUAAAUAACCAGCUUUAUUCUGCUGAUCAAGCUACAAAUGAAGUUAAGAAAUAUGACAAGACCAAUAACUUGUGGAGUGUAGUGAAGAGGUUACCAGUUAGGGCCGACUCUUCUAACGGAUGGGGACUGGCAUUCAAGGCAUGUGGUAGCAAGUUGUUAGUGAUUGGAGGACAUAGAGGGCCUGAAGGUGAAGUUGUUGUCCUGCACUCUUGGGAACCAGAGAAUGGAGACCAGGACUGGAAUGUGCUUUCUGUUAGGGACAGAGCAGGUGCUUUCGUUUAUAAUUGUGCAGUAAUGGGCUGUUAAAUGUUUGUCAUGUUGUUCUCUUUGUUCCAGACAUUUGACUUAUGGUGAAAACCAAGUAAAAUUUUCUCUUUUUGUUUUA